AUGAUUGACUUUAAGCAGAAUCCGUUCAAAAUGCGCCUGCCCGGAGCAGGAGCAGCAGGAGGUGAAAGUCGCCUCAGUCGCAGUUGCCUGCGCGCGCGCCUAGUUUUUCGCUGGAAGAGCUGGACAUCGCACAUUUCCUUUUUGCAGGCGGAGCUAACAGAUGUGCUGCGCAAGCGUCGUAAUAGGCCCGAUGCCUCGGACGAGGAUCUGGGCCUGCCGCGCAGUCCCGUCUCGCCGCAGCGUCAUGCGGCCGCCGGGCAGAGCCGCAAGGCGGCGGGCUAUCAGCCGCGCGAGGUGUCCUCCCUGAGCCUGCUGAGCGUCAACAGCACCGAUGCGGAGGACAGCAGCCAAGGCCAUAGACAGCACGGGGACAACGGCCUGCUCGGUGCGGUGGUGCUGCGCGAGCGACAGGAGGCGGCGGACGACGACGUGGAUGCCGUGGGCGUGGAGCGGCAUCGGCUCUCGCAUGCGGCGGCCAAACACAAAAUGGCCAUUCGGCCCAUGAAGAAGAUGCCCACGCGGCAGCACAGACGGACGCUAGAGACCUCAAUACCUGAGGCCAACGAGGAGCUGAUCAAGCUGCAGCUGACUCAGGCGACCAAUCCCAGCUUGCGGGCUGUUAAGGAAAUGGAUCUGAAAACAAAGACGCGCUCUCUACCUCCGGGCAGCUCGCUGUCUGCCACCACAACAGCCACUGCCAACAGCACCACCAACAGCACCACCAGCAAAAGCCACUCCAAUGUGCGCACCAAGACAAUUGAGCAGAAGAGCUCAACGAUUACGAAUAUCAGCAGCAGCAGCGGCAGCAGCGAGCGAACAACAUCCUCCACAUCCACAUCCACAUCCACGUCGUCCUCUCAGACAUUUGGACUGCGUGCGCUCACCUUUAAGGCGGCCAAUGCGCUGUUCGAUGGGCGUGGCGAGUCGUCAACGGAUGGCGAUGAAGUGACUGCAGCCACAACGGAGUCCAGCGAGCACGGAUUUCUGCGUCGGCUCAUGCAGCGCAACUCGAAGCGCAGCAUUGCGCGUGCCAACGAUGGCCUGGAGGAUGUGGACACCGGCCACCAGAAUCUGGCCAAGAAACUGCAGAUCUCGACCUCCUGCCUGGAGGCAACGGCGCGUGAGCCCGUGCCGCUGCCCAGCAAAUCGCGCAGCGCCACCUCACACGAGCAGAACAUACAGGAGACGCGCCAGAACAUCAAGCGCGAGAUACACAACGAGGGCAAGCACGGACUCAACGCACUGGUCAGCAACUACGGCGUCCAGCCGCAGCCGCCCACCGCCGUGAAGCCCAAGUCGGGGCCAGCAGCGCGCCAGCGUUACCUGCCCAAGGAGCUGGGCGCCGGCCUGGACAAGCCGCUGCCGACGAGCGACAGCGACGUCACCAAUCUGCUGUCCAAGAGCUCGCGCGGCAACGACACCUUCCAGUCGACGGCCCUGGUGCGGGAGCAGGCACAGCUCAGGGCGGAGGCCAGCGUCACUCACUUCGAGCGCAAGCCACGGAUUGUCGGGCUGAGCGCGUUCCAGCAGAAGCUGUCGCGGUCCAGCGACUCGAUGGGCCAGCACUCGAGCUCCUCGAACUCGCUGGAGACCAGCACGGACGAGCCCUCGCCGCUGUACUACGAGGAGAAGCAGCGCAAGACGGUCGAGAAAUCGCGCAGUUUUCGCAACUACCAGGAGGAGCGACACGUGGCCAGCGAGUCGACAGCGAUGCACAGCAAUAUGCCCAGCCUGCCGGAUCUCUCCAUCAGUUUCCGUGUGCCGCCCGCCUACUACAAGCAGCCGCACUCGCAGCAGCAGCAGCAGCAGCAGGAGUCGCCUCGUUCACCCAUGUCGCCCAUAUCCCCGAAUGGCAAGUGCGUCUCGCUGGGCUUUGAGAUCAACGACAACAAGCUGCUGCAGGCGCGCGCCGAGUCCACGGGCAAGCUGGCCAGUGGGCAGGCCAAGGUCUCGCCGCAGCGCAGCUCCACGCUGCUGGUGCCCAGUCCGGGCCCGGCGAACAUCUCGGAGAUCGAGCAGAACAUCGAUCUGAUUGUCAAGUCGCCGAUGGUCAGUCUGCUGCGCAAAUCCGGCGCCGUUGGGGAGCAGAAGUCGCCGCAACGCCCCAAGGUGCUGGAGCUGAAGCAGACGACGGCCACCAGCAGUGCCGCUGGCUCGCCCGCUAGCCCAGUGACCAAGAGCCCACCAAGCACGCCCGGCAAGGGCGCGCCACGCGCCUCGAAAGAUGAGGCAGAGCCGGAGUUUAUGAAGAUCCAGCUGAAUCGCGUCGAUCCGGCACAGCUGCACAGCAAGGCCAAUCAUCUGGUGCUGGCCAAGAAUGUCAAAUUGUCGCCAGCCACGCCCACUGAGCGCAGCCAGAGCAGCGAUGAUCUGACCAUGCGACGCCUGAGCGCCGAGAGCGCAUCCAGCAUUCACAUAGUCGAGCGCCCCACCAAGCCGCUCAGCAGCAGUGCCAACAGUCCCGCCAGCCCCGCCCAGCCGUCACCCAGUAUUAGCCAGCCAGCUCCUGCCGAGCUGCGGCUGGCCAAGCAGCAGCGGGCCGCCAGCGCCAACAGCCUGCGCGCCAGCUAUGUCAGCAGCAGCAGCAGCUGCAGCUGCAGCGGUGGCAGCAGCGAGCUGCUCACGACGCCCGGCACACCAAAGAGCAGCGGGACGAGGCCAGCGGCGGAGGCUGUGGAGCAGGAGAAGGCCAAUGGCAAUCGGCUCUCGCUGGAGGAGCGCAAGCGGCUGUUCCUCAAUGAGGAGAAGACGCAGGCCGAGCGCAAGCUGACGGAGCGCAAGAAGCUGAUUGGCGAGGCCACGCCCCCAGUGACGCCCACCACACCGGUGACGCCCAGUGGGCCAGAUGCCAGCAAUGGCAAUGGCAAUGGCAACGGCGUGGUGCUGCGCAAGAAAUCCUUUGCCAGCGCCAAUGGCAAUAGCAACGCCAAUGCUAAUGUUAAUGCCAAUGUCAAUGCGAAUGGCGAUGUGAAUUCAACGGGCCAGGAGGAUGCCACGCCGGAGCUGAUGAAGGUCUUUGCGCGUCGUUCGCUCAAGGUGAAGGACGAUGAUGUGGUGGCCAUGGCUCAGGUGGCCGUGGCGAAUCACAAGAAGAUGUGCAAUGGCAGCCAGAGCGUCGAUAGCGACAAGGAGAACCAGUCGAACAGCGAGGAGAAGCUGGACAAGCUGACGCCCAACAGCGAGCCAACGAAGCUGGUCCAGUCCAACAGUCAUGCACAUGGCCACGCCCACAGCCACACUCACGCCCAGGCGCCGGGCAGCAAUCGCAGCACUGUGGCGGAUUUUCGCAAUCUCAACAACAACAACAAUGUGCAAUCAGCGCCACAGAAGCUGUCCAAUCUGCCGCCCAUAAAGGUCAGCAAUGCGCGCAAUGCCACAGUCAACAGCAGCAGCAACAACACCAGCAACAACAGCAAUAACAACAGCAGCAGCAGCAGCAGCAGCAACAAUUGUCGCAACAGAUACAGAUGCCACGCCCACCAAGCCCAUUGAGCGCUCCGCAACAGUGGGCGAAUUUAAGGGCAUUCACCAGCGUCGUGCAGAGUGGGAGCAGCGUGUGAAGGAGGCGCUCAAAUAAGCCGCUGUUAGCCCAACAGUGAGCGCUGUUAACUAACAGAAUCGCGUUACCUGCUGCUGUUCAUGCUCUGCUAUCUAGUGAUGCUCUCUAGUAGUAAUGUAAACGAACACAACUCUAAAGCAAACGACAACUAAUGACUAAAAAGAAGUAGAGAAAAAAAGAACAACAAAAAGAAGAAGAGUUAGACAAGGAAAGGAAAAGAAUAAUAAUAUUAAUAUUAAUAAUGUUAGCACAUAUUAAACGAGUUGGCUGUUUGAGCCCAUCCAAAGAAACGAGUUGCGUCUUCGAUCGAUCCUCAAAAUGAUUAGUUUGUUUGGCUUAUCGUUAAUAUAUAUAGUUUUUGCGUUUCAUUUGUGUUAGUGCACGUCAAAAUCUUAUAUAAAAUAGAAUCAUAAAUAAAAAAAAAUUGAAAUGAAAUGGAAAACUAGAACAGACAACUUGAAGGACUGUGAGUUAAAUUUACAAAUAAUAAUAGUAAUUCCUAAUGAUAUUCUACGAACAGCUCUGAUCUUGAUUUGCUGUAAAGCUGAUAUUCUCCAUCUCUCUCUAACUAACUAACUAACUAACUAUCCAUUUAACUAAUGUAAGCAACUUAAUGUGUAGACAAAUGCGAGCUUUUGAACAGGAUCAAUUUCCGUAACAACUCUAAUAAUAUCUGUAAUAGCAUUUAAUCUAUUAUUUUCAUAGCAAUAUAUAAAA